CACACACAGACACUCUCUCUCUAGCUUUUAUUGUUUCGGAUCUUCACUUUUUUUGCUGAUUCAUCACUCUCUGCGUCUUCUUCAAGUGAAAUUUCUGUUGACUCUCUCUGUGUGUAUCGUUUCCUCCUUCACCGACGACGAUCUGCGUCGGUUCUCCUUUUUUAUUUUUUUGGCUCAUUAGUUUUUUGAGGAUUUCAUCAAGGUAUGUUUGGUGUUUAAGUGGGAUUGAUUCAAGGCUUAUGUGAAUCUAGUUACCAUCCAAUGGAGAGGAAUAAACCGGUGAAACAAUGCCUGGAGAGUCGGGCUGGUGAUGAGCCUGAGCUUCUUAAGUAUAUGUCGAAGCUACCGGUUUUCCUGGACAGAGCUGAUACUCAUACUCCUCAGGAGAAGCUUUUGAGCGUUGGUGUUCUUGACUGGGACCGCUUGCAGAAGUGGCAGCAUAGCCAUAACCGGAUGAUGCCUGUGAAGAGUAGAUACCCUUCGGCUUUUUACCAGACAGAUGCUUCAUUGGUUCCCCAUAGGGAUGACUCGUCUGCUGGUCCGAGCAAUGUGCAUAACCGUCCAAGGAAACAUCGUAGCUCGCGGCAGUCUAAUCUCAUGUCAAAUCCUGGUGGAGAAACUGUAAGGGAGUAUCGAGAAACCAAAGUUACACGGAAAAAGAAACAUAGAGACCAUAUGAGUUUCAGCAUGCCAUAUGAGCAGCUUGGUCCAGUUACUGAUGCACAAGAGGGAUGUGAGAAGAAGGACCUGAAAGAGAAGAAUGGCCCAAAACUUGGAACUUCAGAGGCUGGCGUCAACAUGGAGGUGAACUCCAAGGCUGAUGGUAGUAGACGUAAGAAGAGUGAAAAGAAGUCACGUGAAAGAAACCGAAAUGGUCAUGAUGGAGAACUCGGUCGAAGCCAGCAAGGGAAAGCUAAGCUCUAUGACUCAACUAAGAAGCUAGCUCGAGAAGAGGCUAAGAUCUCCAAUAGGAGUUCGACUAAAAAAGUCAGCGUAGGUCAUGGUGUUGAAGUAAAUUAUUGUGCUCAACAUUAUUGCUCCUUGCCAUGUAAAGCUGAUGGCUGCUCGGCGAAGAGUAACAUUGCCUUGGCUGAUGCGGAUCCGGACAGGAAUUCAGCUAAAAUAUCUCAGUGUGUGCAACUCUCAGCAAAAGCAAGUAAUACAUCUUCAAGAGGUAAGAUCUCAGAAGACAGAGCAUCAUCUUUGUUAUCUGGGAAACAUUGUGUGGAUGAGCCUGCCCAGAGACAAGAUUCAACGUCACACAAACCUGUCUCUGAUAAGGGGAGAAGUAUAUCACCUUUUCAGCGGCUUAGCUUCAGUAUGGGUAAGGCCAGCAAAACUAACAGUGAACGAGUUGCUGGUUCCACGAUCCAUCAAGACUCAAUGGCUAACUCCACAAAGACGGUUUCACAAGACUCGACUCUUUCAUCUGGCUUUGACGGCUUAAGUUGCAACAAACCCAGCGAAAAAGAUACAACCACGACAAGCCAUUUAAGAAGGUUCCUAGAACCUCUAAUGAAGCCAAGAGCAAGUCACUCCGACAAUUCUGUGGAGGGGCCUAGAGGUCAAGGCGUUCAAAGAAUAAAAUUGGGUAUCAAAGGUUGCAGAUCAGUAAAUGUGAAUGAUUCAGCUCACGAGAAGAAGGUAGGAUCAUCCAUGGUACGAGCUGUUCUGUGGGUAACAAUCAAGAACAAUCAGCCACUCUUUACAUUUGCAGUGAACAAAGAAACCGACAUUAUUGCUGCCACCCAAAAGAAAAUUGGAAGCUCGGAAGAGGAUGAAUGCACUAGUGUUUUUACUUUCUUCUCUAUCAAAGACCAUAAGAGAAAUAGCGCAUGGUUAAACCAAAGAAGCAGAGGCCAACCACAUGGUAUCAUCUCUGAUGUUGUUGCUCAGAUGCGGGUUUCUAGUUCUUUCCGGUCUGGUUCCAUCAGAGAGUUUGUUCUCUUCUCUGUCGAACUUGAUCAAGAAAGCACAGAAAAGUCUGACGUGCAGUUGAAAAACGAGCUGGCUGCGAUCAUCGUGAAGAUGCCAAGAUGGUUUAACAGGAGGGCAUCAGUAAACACGGUUCAGGAUAAUAACACUGCACUCAACAAAGAGUUCGGAGAUCCAAUCAAAGAUGGGGUAUUUAAUAAAGACAUAAGUGCUACGGUCAUACUUCAAAGCGGGGUUCAUAGUAUGCCUCAUAAAGGAGGCCCCUCGUCUUUAAUCCAGAGAUGGAGAACAGGUGGUUCUUGCGAUUGUGGAGGCUGGGAUAUGGGCUGCAACCUCAGAAUCCUUACAAACCAGCACAACAACUCCUGCAAGAAUUCAACAGCGUCAAACUCACCACCCUCUUCAAACCGUUUCGAGCUUUACUUUCUGGGAGAACAAGCUGAAGAACACCCAUUCUUGAGCUAUAAACCAAUCAAGAAAGGGUUAUAUUCAGUUGUCUAUGAUUCAUCCCUUUCGCAACUACAAGCUUUCUCCAUAUGUAUGGCACUUGCAGAGAGUAGAAAAAUGACCCUUGAGCAAAAAAGCUCAUGUGAUGAACAUAAAGCCAGAGCGGAAACCGCGCCUAAUGGCAAUACCAUCGGGUAUGAAACCCCACUCUCGCCUGUUGGGCGGGUCUGAAGUUUAUAUUUUUACUUCAAACCCAAUAUUUUUACUUACAAGUAUGUGAAAAAUGUUAAUGUUAAGCCUAGGGUAAGAAAGACAAUUGCAGGAAAUAAGAAAGCAGCAAAGAUCUCUUUAAAGUAGCUUAGUUUUUUUUUUGUCGUCUAAAGAAAGUAGCGAGGCUAGUCUAAUGGUGUAGAAAUGUUCUUGCCAACUCUUAACUGUGAAUAUUUUAUAUAUCUUAUCCAUAUAUAUGUAUAAUGUUGGUCUACUUU